UGAUAUAAACAGACGCGUCCCCUCUACACGAUUUCACAGCUCCACCAUUUUUCCUCUUCUCAUCAACUUUCACUCAACGAGAGGAGACCCACCUUUUUCUUUCCUUCCAUUUUCCUCUCAAAUCUCCUUCUAUUCCUCUCUGGAUUCGCUACCAAUUUAAGUUGCCUGACAUGGCUUCAUAUACCCCAAAGAAUAUCCUUAUUACUGGGGCUGCUGGGUUCAUUGCCUCUCAUGUUGCCAACCGGCUUGUCAGGACCUAUCCAGACUACAAAAUUGUUGUGCUCGAUAAACUCGAUUAUUGUUCCAAUCUGAAGAACCUCCUUCCUUCCAAAUCAUCUCCUAACUUCAAGUUUGUGAAGGGGGACAUUGGUAGUGCUGAUCUUGUCAACCACCUUCUUAUCACCGAGUCCAUUGAUACUAUAAUGCACUUUGCUGCUCAAACACAUGUUGACAACUCCUUUGGUAAUAGCUUUGAGUUCACCAAGAACAACAUAUAUGGAACUCAUGUCCUAUUAGAAGCCUGCAAGGUAACUGGACAAAUCAGAAGGUUCAUUCAUGUCAGCACAGACGAGGUGUACGGGGAGACAGAUGAGGAUGCUGUUGUGGGAAACCAUGAGGCUUCCCAACUUCUUCCAACAAACCCAUACUCUGCAACAAAGGCUGGGGCUGAAAUGCUUGUUAUGGCAUAUGGUACGUCAUAUGGUUUACCUGUCAUCACAACUCGUGGGAACAAUGUUUACGGGCCAAAUCAGUUUCCUGAGAAGUUAAUUCCAAAGUUCAUCCUACUGGCCAUGCAAGGAAAGACUCUUCCAAUUCAUGGGGAUGGUUCAAAUGUGAGGAGUUACUUAUAUUGUGAAGAUGUUGCGGAGGCAUUUGAAGUUAUCCUUCAUAGGGGAGAGGUUGGUCAUGUCUACAAUAUCGGGACAAAGAAGGAAAGGAGAGUUAUUGAUGUGGCCAAAGAUAUAUGCAAUCUUUUCUCAAAGGAUCCAGAAACAAGUAUAAAAUUUGUAGAUAAUAGACCAUUUAAUGACCAGAGGUACUUUCUCGACGAUCAAAAGCUGAAGGUUUUGGGUUGGUCUGAGAGGACCACUUGGGAAGAGGGCCUGAAGAAAACCAUGGAAUGGUAUACACAAAAUCCUGAUUGGUGGGGUGAUGUCACAGGAGCGUUGCUUCCUCAUCCAAGGAUGCUGAUGAUGCCUGGUGGGAUGGAGAGACAUUAUGAAGGAUCUGAAGGUGAAAACCCUGCUUCCUUGGCUUCAAGUAAUACUCGAAUGGUUGUUCCGUCAUCCAAGAGCAAUGGUACUCAGCAGAAACCUCCUUUUAAGUUCUUGAUCUAUGGUAGAACAGGGUGGAUUGGAGGUUUGCUGGGGAAACUGUGCGAUAAGCAAGGAAUUCCAUAUGAAUAUGGAAAGGGGCGCCUAGAGGAUCGCUCCUCAGUGGUGGCUGACAUUAAUAAUGUGAAACCAACCCAUGUUUUUAAUGCUGCAGGCGUGACUGGUAGACCCAAUGUCGAUUGGUGUGAAUCUCACAAAACAGAAACCAUCAGAACUAAUGUGGCUGGCACUUUAACAUUGGCUGAUGUUUGCAGAGAGAAUGGGAUCUUGGUGAUAAAUUACGCUACUGGGUGCAUAUUUGAGUAUGAUGCAUCGCAUCCUGAAGGCUCCGGCAUUGGUUUUAAGGAGGAAGACAAGCCCAAUUUCAUUGGCUCUUUCUAUUCCAAAACUAAAGCUAUGGUUGAGGAGCUCUUGAGAGAGUAUGACAAUGUAUGCACCCUCAGGGUUCGCAUGCCGAUUUCAUCUGACCUGAGCAACCCGCGCAACUUCAUCACGAAGAUUUCUCGUUAUAACAAGGUAGUUAACAUUCCAAACAGCAUGACUAUUUUGGAUGAGCUUCUGCCAAUUUCAAUUGAGAUGGCAAAGAGGAACCUGAGGGGAAUCUGGAACUUCACAAACCCUGGGGUAGUGAGCCACAACGAGAUCCUUGAGAUGUACAGGGAUUACAUUGACCCCAACUUCAAGUGGGUUAACUUCAAUCUGGAAGAGCAAGCCAAGGUAAUUGUUGCUCCUCGAAGCAACAAUGAACUGGAUGCUUCCAAAUUGAAUAACGAAUUCCCAGAAUUGCUUCCCAUCAAGGAAUCACUAAUCAAGUAUGUCUUCGAGCCAAACAAGAAAUAAACAGGUUUAUGUUUUAGGCAUGGCAGUAUUGUUUCCGGUCUACAUAGACCACUCAAUUUCAUUGUUAGUUCCAUUCAGUUACUGUGUGUAGAGAGGUGGCUAGUAUUACUGUUGUGUUAGUGUGUUUCCAAAAUUUUAAUUUCAAGUACUUAUAGCAUGUUUUUGAUUGAUUAUUAUUGCUUUAGUGAGUGACUUCUUUGUACUAGCAGGCCUUAGAUAGAUGUACUGUUUUGUGAUGGGGAACUUCUGCAUUUGUGUAAGGCUUGUAUUCUUUUAUUGCUUGGAUAUGAUUAUUGAGAUGUACUUGGAUAUUUAUAUGUAGACUGUAAUAUUAAGUGAAAAUCUGGCAACAAUUGAUGUUA